AUGGCGUCUGGUCAUACACAAUUAAUCCAUGCGGAAUGCUCUACCAUUGAGUCCUGGUUGCGAAUGGUGACUGGUACUCGCACUGUCGAUGUGAGAGGAUCUCCACCGUCGCCAACAUCAUCAUCGAGCUAUGCACCGACAGCACAGAACGAUCUCGAGGCCCGCAGGGCAUCGUCCGAUUCAGUCAGCCCUGCGGAUACAUCCGCCAAGAUGAAGGUCCACGACAUCCGUCCAUCCACAAAGUCGCCAGCCUUUGCAACCCGUAGGACCACGCGGUCGACCAAAACCUCUACCACGGCCCCCGCCACCAGAGAUGCGAGCACAACGAUAGUGCCCUACCACGCCCCCAACUCCAGUAUUGCCAAAAUGUCCGUUGCUGACCGCCUACGCCGAGUUCUCUCCCGCCCGCUGUGCAAAUUCGACUUGGACAACGGACUCCUCUAUAUGUUUUGGCAACGUGGAAGUUUCGGCCUGGCGAAAAUCGGGUAUACCACUCUGGAGACACGAGAGAAGCGGUUCAAAGGCUGGCAGCGCCAGUGUGGUAUCGACCUGGAGGAUUGUUCUGACGACAAUGGACAACCCGUCAAUGGCGACGACGGCGAGUAUGCUGGCACAAACCCACCGCCUAUUCGUGUACGCAAUGUAAGACGUCUGGAAUCGCUUGUGCAUGCGGAACUUAAGGACUACAGGCGCACACAGCUCAAUUGCGCGGGAUGUGGGAAAACCCAUAUCGAGUGGUUUGACGUGCCUGUCAAGCAUGCGCAGCAGGUGGUGCACAAGUGGACGACAUGGCUGAUGGCGGAAGAACGUUAUCAGAAUAAGGUGGGUGGCAACUUAUUAUUGUCAUCGCGCACAGGGUUGGAAGAGCUUUGUAAGCCAGUCGAAUUUGUUCAAGCAGUACAGAAGAAGAGAAUCGAGACUGGCCGACGUGGCUCCGGAUCUCGUCGUCCUAGUGCUGGUGCUGGACGGCGGGCGUCCGUGCCAGUCAGCGCGUCACUUUCACCUGUACCAGAGACGAGGAGGCGUUCAGCUCGCAUAGCAUCGCAGCAACGAAAGUCUGGGACGCUCGGGGCCUUGGCUGCGAAUCCAUGGUCUGGGCUGACUGUGGAGCACUGA